AUGAAAGUUGGCAAGCUCUUCAGAGAUAAUUGUCGUAUCCAGAAAACAACUUGGGUGCUGGCUUCGGGUUUGUUGGUAUUUUAUACAACUGUAGAUGCCAUGUCGCAAAGAGUUAUUCUUACCCCGCAACAGUACUUAGUUACAUUUAAUGGGUAUGAACAAGCUUGCUAUUCAAAACAACAUAACAACCAGCAUACUGGCUGGGGAGGACCGACUAAUUCAGGCAGUAAUAUGCUAAUCUUAGAGACAAAUGCUUCUCAUUGUACAUUCCCAACAGCUGCCAUCCCUACUUUAGCCACGGCUCCUCCUGCAAAUGGCGAAGAGUCUACUGCAACUAGCGACGAUCUUACUGCAACUAGCAAUGAUUCUACUGUAGUCACUGCUCCUCCUACAACUGGCGAGGAUCCUGCUUUAUCCACUGUAUCUUCUUCAACUAGCAAAGAGUCUACUGUAACCUCAGCUCCUCCUGCAAAUAGCGACGAUUCUACUGCAACUGGCGACGAUCUUACUACAACUAGCGACGAUCUUACUACAACUGGCAACGGUUCUACUACAACCACCAAUUAUACAACAAACCCAUUUAAGAACAUGUCAGAAGACAGUAUAAUCUAA